CUUCGAACGAACGUCACAGUUUGGAGAUCAGGAAGUUAAAGUUGCUUGCAGUUGCGAGCAGUUUUCAGCGCAGAAAGAGCAGCUUGGUGGUCGGGCGAUAUUGUGAUUGUAUAAUUAUCGUUUUAGGCCGUUAAUGAUGGAUAAGCUUCGCCGUGUGCUCAGCGGCCGAGAGGAAAAUGAAGAGUUGGGUCUCACUGCUCAGGUCCUUGAUGCCAGCACACUCAGCUACAGCACCAGAGUCAAAGGAUUUGUCAUAUGUUUUGCUGCAGGAGUUUUGUGCUCAAUACUUGGUGUAGCAUUGCUGUUUAUUCCAGGAGGAAGUGGCGUGAAGCUUUUUGCUACCUUCUACACAUUAGGAAACAUUGCAGCUCUUGGCAGUACCUGCUUCCUAAUGGGACCAUUGAAACAGCUGAAGCGUAUGUUUGAUCCAACCAGACUGAUAGCAACCAUUGUUAUGCUGCUUUGCUUGGUCUUGACCCUUUGUGCAGUCUUCUGGUGGGGUAAAAAGGGAUUGGCCAUUCUCUUCUGUAUUCUGCAGUUCUUGGCAAUGAGUUGGUAUGGCAUUUCAUACAUUCCAUUUGCCAGGGAUGCAGUGAUUAAAUGCUUCACUGCUUGUUUGAGUUAGGAUUCCUGCAUUCACACGUCCAUGUGAAGACUGGUCCCAGCAUGUGAACUGCAGGUAUUAUGGCUUUGUAAAUGUGUUAAAUCUGGGAGCUGCGUUGGUGAACCACCUUGGGUCCUAGAUGGCAAAUAUGUUCUAUCUCCGUAUUUCUACUCUGCUUGUCUAAAUGCUACAAGUUGUCACUUUUGUCAGUAAUUCUAGCUGAAGGGCUGCAAUUGUAAUAGUAUAUGUUGAAUACUUUUCUUUUGAUGUGACAAAAAUUUUUAAUGGUGAAUAUAUUUAAAAAAAAAUUGCAUUUCCUUAUGUUUUCUGUUGUUUAAGGGCAGGGAAUUAUUUCUGAUCAAUGCUACAUGUGGUUAGGUUCACAUAUAUGUGGACAUGGACAAAGUUAUUGUUUUAAAUGUCACACCAUGUUUAAGUUGGAAGUAAAUAAUGAAUAUGAGCUUGUGGAGCAGAUGGCAGCUGUAAUUUCACUGUAAUUAUAUCCAGACUUGGGAAAUUGCUUUGAAAUUAAAGCACUUCUGUGCUUGGUCCAUCUUUUUCAAGGGACCAAAUGUAACUGGACAGUUGGUUGUUGAGCUGUUUGAAGGAUCACAUGUACAUAUGGCACAUCUAGAUAAGUGAUUCUCAAACCUGGUCUUCAAAUAUCACCUAACCAACAUAGUUUCCAUCUCUUCCUGCUCUGCCACAAGCUGAUGAGCUCAUUCAGGAGGCUGUUAAUUCUUAAUUGACUGAGAGCACACCUAAUCAGCUUGAGUCAUAGAAAACAUGUAGGUUAGGUGGCACUUGAAGCCUGGGUUGAGAGCCACUGCUCCAGUAGAUUGAGAGUCCAAUUGUAAUCAGGAAUUAGAAAUGGGCUGGCAAAUAUGUUGAAAACAAACUGUAGAUGAAGGGGGGAAAAAGUGAAGGAUGCCACCAAGACAGUCAUAACAAUUCUAAAGUAGUCAUAGGCUACAGUUGCUGUGAUUGGAGAGAUGAUACACACAACUUUUACCUGUUGCAGAUUUAUCAUUCACUAUAUUGCAGUUUCCAUUUAAUAGCUGCUAUAACUAAGCUAUGAAGGAUAUGUGCAGACAUGUUUAUAAAAUAUUGGAGAGAAUAUGUGGCAGUGCAUCCAACUGUCCAAUUACUGUUGGGCCUUUAAUAGUGUGGAACACAUGCAAAAACUGCUGUAAUUCCUACACCUUUUGUCCUAAUUUGAAGUUUGUAAUCUGAACCAAAAGCUCAUUUUUUAAAAAACAAAAACAGCCUUGAUAAAUGUCCAAAAUAUACGUGGUCUUGGCUAUGCUGUAAUUUACAACCUAAGUGCCUUUCAUACACACAGACCCGGAAUGGCUGCUUUGAAGCCCAAAAAUCACAGCCAACCUAUAUUUGGAUAACCUGGGUAGAACAAAGGAUAGCUGCUAAACAUGCUAAUGCCAUUAGCUUUCACACUAUGAUUUCACUGGACGGAAAUGCUACAGCACAGAUAUUUUAGAUGAUGUGGUUGGUGAAUGAACCACCUAGCAAGCCAUAUUAUUACAGAUACAGAAAUACUCCAAAAAAACAAAACAAAACAAAAACAGACAUGGUCCGCAGCUAGCAGCCUCAAAAUGAGCGACACACUGAAUCUUAGCUUGGCAAGAACACACAAGCUCUCAAUCCAAACAGCCAUGCCUCUAAUUACGCAUAAUGUUAUUGUUUAAAAUGUCUUAAACUAAUGAGUUACAAAAAUGGCAAUUAAAAAAAAGUCACCCAGCGUAAAGUUAACAUGAAGGGUAAAACUGUCUAUAGAGACCAAAACUGGGUUUUCUGCCAGCAUGUUUAUUACUGGUCUAAUGUUAGACAUUUUCACAUGAGCUUCAGUGAGAACCUCCUCCUUUUUUUGGAGCUAGCCUCAAGUGGGUAGUCAAGCAACUGCAGUUUAUUUCGUGUUCUGGGUCUGCCUCAUUUAGGACCACCAAAGCUUACAGCUUCAGUGCACUUAAGGAGUGUCACACUGUUUAUCGGUGUUAUGCGCCCCACUGUCUGUCUUCUUAACUGUGAUAACAAUUUCCUGUCCGUCACACUGAGAGCUGCCUACUUAUUACAGUUACUGCCACAGUGUCAGUUUGAACUUGUCUUAACUCCUUAACUGGACUUGUUUGCUCAUGAAACUGGGUCCCACUGAAUGGUUUUUAAAUUUUUGUCAUUUUCACAAGUUUCUGAUGAAAAUUCCAAGUUCUUAUUCUGUUUGUCCUGAACACCAGCUGAACCUUUAUUACAAUAUCAGCACCGAAUUGUAUACAUGUAUUUGACUAGACAUUUAUAUUGACAGUUGUAUAUAUGUACUUAAUAAAAUGGCUACACAGACAGAUUUACCGACCUUUUUUUGUUUUGUUUUUACAUUUUAGAAUUGCAAGCUGAGUCCUCAGACUUUGUUUCGUUUAAGAAGUGUUCUUCUGGUUCAUAUACACAAACUUUAGUAAAGCAGGUUAUCGGUCUGUCUGGAUUUCACGAGGUGCUGUUUGAAGUGGUUGCCAGAUCCUGUGCCAUUCCAUGCUUUUUGUAAUUGCUUCCCUUCAGGCAAUCAAAGCACUGCUGCAGUGAUGAUUCACAAGGGAACGUAAUAUACCCACCGCUAUUUUGAAAAAUUUUCGUUUAAAAAUGGGAGGAGGAAUAAAAAGAUGGUUUCUAGUCUGUUACUCAUCCAUGUGUAUGUUAAUUCAGGUGUGCCCCCUCCCCCAGCACGUCACAUUACCUCAAAAUUAGGUCUUCUUUUUUAAACUUGAUAUCCCGCCAGAUGUAGCAGUGAUCCAGUUAAUUAUGCUUUUCUAAGCGUUGUGAAUUUGAUGUGAUCUAAUAACACUGGAGCUUCAGCUGGGUUCCCCAUAUUCCCUCAGCUUGUUGGCACAGCCUUUGUGGAUGGGGUUUCCAUGGUAACCACCUCUGCAGCAUUCAUAACCUUAGCCUACCCCCCAUCUGGUGUGCAGAUGCUCACAUUGUCCUGAUAUUUGUUUUUAUAUAUGACUUAUAUAAACCAUUAGACAUGCAUACAAAAAACAAAACUGAGUUGUUGCAGUAUUUUUUUUUUUUUUUUAACAUACCGGUAUGUGUACUGUUUUGUUUUUUUUUUCUCCUUUGUUAAUCCAGGAAAGGCUUUGCAGCUGCAUAGUUUGAUUAGAAGGUUGUAUAAUGUGUUGGAUUAGGAUGCACAAAUCUGCUUUCAGUACCGCUUGUUCAAUUAACUUGGCUGGGAACACUAAAUCUCUUUGUAGCAUAUUACACAUAAUCUGAAUGAUGAAAUAACAGGAUUUAAAUCUGUUGAAUAAAGGGAGAUUUGUGUGGCUUUUAUUUUUAUGUGUAUAUGUUGGAUUAGCCUAAAGUUUGAGAGAGGUGGGGAACCUCCCAGACCUCUGCAAUCUGUUUAUGUGCCUGGGUGUUUUGUUUUUUUAAUGAUUAUUUCAUUGAAUCUAUUGUCAGAGGAGAAUCCCAUUUUGCAGCAUCUGCCAAAAAAAGAACACUGCCAGCUUUAAAACUUGGUUUGUCUUAUUUAACAUUUAAAGAUGAAUACAUAGUGCUUUUUAUUAUUAAACCAAAAUGAUGUGAGAUUGUGCAUUGUUGGCUGCAGUAAUUUUGUGUCAUUCUUGUCAAGUGAGUAAUUGUUCUGGAUUUGCACUCAUUUAUGUCCCAAUGUAAAAGCAAAUGGAUGCGUACAUUAAACCAUUGAUUAUACUUGCAUUUUAUAAUAAAGAAUUAACCUGA